AUGACCGGUCAAUGUUUGAAUGGAUUUGAGACGCUUAGCCCCUACUUUCAUUACUAUUUAUCAGCUAUCAUUGCGUUUUGUGCUGGAAUUGUUGUUAUAAUUGCAUACACGGUACUGGAAUGCCGGAGGAAGAAGGUAAGUGUUCAUCUUUUACCUUUACUUUCUAUAACAUGGCUUAAAGAGAUGAGGUUCAUGGAUGAUAUUAAGUCAGAUUUAAGGGUUUUUCUAAAAUAAGUUUCUAGAGUUACUGUAAAAUGAGAUUCAGGCCAUAUUAUAGUUGAUUUUUAAUAUAAUGAUGGUGAAAAAGGAAGGUUAUUCCGUAUUUUACAUUCGGUUAUAGACAUUUUACGGCGUAGAAGACAAGAUGGAAGAGGAGGAGUUGUUGAGAGAGCGAGAGAAGAGCAUCAAGAACAGGCCGACCGAGAUGAAGAUCGUACGUUCGCGAGAAGCUGAAGACGCGUCAAGUAAUGGGAUCCGGGUCCUAGUCAAGGCCAAGAAACGUUCUCAUCGAGGCUCAUUGAUUCGAGAGUAAGUCUUUUUUUAUUUAAAGAGAAAGGUUUUGAUUAUUCGAUUAAGCCUAAAAAGAGAAAUUUGGCUUUGAAAGGGGAAUUUUAGGCUUAAAACCUUGAUUUGAAGCCUAAAACAAGGUCUUUUGAACAAAAAAUCUCUUUAAAGCCCUAAAAGUAUGAAUUUUUAAAUUUUAAAAAUAAUAAAGUAAACUUAAACUUUCAGCUACACCCCCGCCUUUGCUCCAACCCCCCUAAUCGACUCGUAUAUGCGACGAUCUACUCGACAUGGCAGCCCCGACCUCAAAAUGUUGCAAGGCUACUCUCGCGAAGCCACCUCACGACCACAAGGAUCGGAAAACGCCAAAACUACAGUCAAAUCGAAGCCAGCCCGACCCCUCUCGCAGAACGCCACAUCCAAAGGCCGUGCCAAGUUCUCCAAGGAACAUACGACCGGUCGAAUGGGACCAGCACCAGCUUCCGUCGACUCGCCUAAAACGAAUUUGCUCAAGUCAGACAAGAAGAAGGAAACUACAAAGGCAACACAGUCACAAAAACUGGAUUAA